AUGACGCAGAACGAGAAUAAAGAGAUUUUACGGCAAGUCGAAUUCUACUUCAGCGAUGCCAACAUAGUAAGAGACGAGUAUCUGAAGAGGCUUAUGGCUGCAAACGAAGGCUGGGCCCCGUUGGACGUUGUGAAUUCCUUUGGAAAAAUGAAGGCUUUCAAGAAAACUGUAAGCGAGCUCGAAGAGAUUCUGAAAGAAAGCGACAUCUUAUGCGUGGAGAGCGGGUCUGUUCAGAGAAAAGCCCCAAUCCCAUCGUUCGAUCAGCACAAGGGCGAAGAAAAGACGCUUCUAGUGCGUAAUUUCCCCACCGACUACUCGCUGGAGGACGUCCAGAAGGCCCUCAUCCAGCACAGAGACAGGAUAGCGAGAAUAGCCCUCCGAAGAGACGCGCUGAAAGAGUUUAAAGGCUCAGUUUUCGUGGAGCUGAAGACGAAGGACGACCUCGAAAUCUUCAAAGAGUCAAAGCUAGCAAUAGAAACCACCACAGACUCAGAGAACGAGGGAAAUGCAGCGAAGAAGGCAAAGAUAGAACUUGAAGUUGUCGAGGCAGCAGAGUACUUCGCCAAAAAGAGGAGCGAGAAGAGGGCAGAGAAGGAGAAGAAGAAGCAGGAGGUAGAGAGCGCAAUUGUAGAGACCUUCAAGAAUAAGCUGUUCAAGUUCCAGAUCGAGAAAGAGGGAGAAGCCCUCGAGGGGGACGAAGGACUGAAAAUAUCAGAUAUAAAGCUCGCACUCCAGCAGGCAGUGGCUUUCGUAGAUAUGCCAAACAAGCACAUCCGCACGAAGGAGGACCAGGAGAGCAUCGACCCAGUCCAAAUCAGCGGCCUCACCCUCAAAUUCACAAAGCUAGAAGACAGCGAGGUCGUAGAGUACUGCAAGGGACUUUCUCUGUCAAGUAAUAAGACACUCGUAAAGCCCAGGAGAAGAGUGAAAUAA